AUGAACAUCGAAAACAUUGUAAAUGGUACUGAAAAGAAUGGUGUUGAUGUUGAAAUAAGAGAAGGAUUGGCACAAAUGGAUGACGAGCGAGAAGAAAUCGUGAAGAUGUGGAAACAUAUGGAUCAAAAGUUGGAAUCAAAAGCUAAAUCGCUUAAUCUGACUGCCGUCAAUCAUAUGAUAAAAAAUCCACAAGUGAUAUCGCUUAUUAUGGGAUUAGAUCAAAAUGAUGCAGUUUCGGAUCUCAAGUUAACCCGAUCGAAGACGAAGCAUUUACCUGGUCAAAUAUCGCAUAAUGAUCAAAAAGCAAUCGUAACGGUACCACGUGUUUCUCGAACAUUUCUUGAUAUUGAUUAUGAACCCAAUGAAGAUGAAGACGAUGACUACCUCCCGGAACAGGAUGAAGAUGCAAGUGAAAUAGGAGACGAUUUGGAAAUUCUUGGUGAUGCAUGCGACGAUGCACUUCAGGUAGUAGAAGCUGACACAGAUGUAGCACCAGCACUGCAUACACGUUCAAAACAACAGGACAGCAUUGCUUUGGAACCCGACAAUGAGCAAUUGUUCGGCGAUGACAUGUUGCUCUAUUCAGCUGUAGAUGAUCCGGAUUAUGUGGAAUUCAUUCGAAGUCUCAAUGAUCCAUCAAAAUAUGAAGGCGAUGAAGCAGAAGAUCCGGAAUAUAACUUUUUGGCGGAUAUCGAUGCCGAAGAUUGCACAGAGGAAUACGAAGUACGAAAAGACCGUGCCACCGAAAUACCAAGGCGAGAGAUAGAGGACCUUCUCCAGGAUUUGUUGGACGCUCGCUUGCUGCCCUCACCGGAUGAUUCGGGACAGAUCAACAACUCAGUGCAAAAGGUCUAUCCAUGCUUUCUUGAUAAUGAUGAGUUUAAAGAAAAUUCUGCGGUUGAUCAGGAGAAUCCGAAGCUCGAGGCAAAGGGGGGUGUGAGGGCGCAAACAUCGGAAGUGCAACCGGGAAAUUUGCAACCGGAAAUUAUACUUGUGGACGCAACACUGGAAGAUUUUGAACGACUUGGCAUGAGAUCAUCGACACUUAUAGGCGCCAGUUUUCAAUGCCCGCCUUUGUUCACUUUUCCUGAACUACAACAGCUCAAAACACAACUUGAAAAGAAUGAAUUAUACGAACGUUCCAGAGAAUCCCCGGCUCAUUCGUUUUUCAAUAUAUCAAAUUUGAUGGCUUCAGUAGCCACAUGUCAUUGCGCAUGGAAAUAUAAAGAUACAUGUGAUUCUGUCAAGCGCCCACCAGAGAGAUCUAAAAAUCUGGGACCUCCUUUGCCGAAAACGAUGCAAGUUCUUUCCCAGAGCAAUGCACUGAUUUUUCCGGAAUUACUACCUGAGGUCCGUCUAAAAGUAUUCCCUCGUUUUCGUGCUUAUUUUACGCAAGAAGAAGAAUGCCUGCUGGCACUUGGGCUCUAUCAGUUCGCUCACGUUAAGCAUACUGCCUCGAAUGGAGGUCCAUAUGCGCUGAUCAGCCGACACCUUUUGGCUAACAAAAUACCAUCGCAGAUACGCUUACAUCUGAAAAAUUUCCGCAACGGCCGAGCACCAAUACAUCAAUUAUUUCGGAAAGCUGAAAAUGAAAUGGUAAUUAUGGUAUUCGCUCCGGAAAGCGCAUCAACCUCUCAGACUACUCCGCCAAACUCAUGGCCUGAACAUUUGCAAACUAGUUGGCUUCAGCAGUUGGUAAUGGAACAACAAACUGAUCCCUAUUGCAACGGCUUAGGGUUGGGCGAGUCUAAUAUUAGUGAGGUCACCGUUACUGAACAAUCUUUGACGUAUUCAAAUGCUCUGUCACAUAAAGAUUCGCCUUAUUCUAUGCCACGGAAAAAUUCGUUGUGCCCAAGUGAAGACUCGCGAUGCUCACUUGCUAAUUCAUCAGAAAAUGCAGCCUACUCUCAUGCUGUUCCAUGUGAUCCAGUUAAGAGUCCAGUUCCUCCAGUGCCUGCUGAAUGUGCUGAUGCUGAUGAUCCCGAUGAAAUUAUAUUUGAUGGAGUGACAGCAUCGACGCCUCUUCCACCGAUUAACAGCGAUAACGACACCAACAAUGAUAACAACAUGGUGACUGCAAAAAAUGAUGAUGCAAAACGAAUCGGUAAGGAACUGGUAAUAUUUUUUUGA